CCAUCACUCUCCUUCGUAUCAACCUCCAGAACGUUGAAGCGAGAAUUUUUUUCUUGUGGCUUCUCAUCCACGAUGCUUCUGCGUGGCCGUUUGUGUAUGGCAUUCUGUCUUAUGUACAGCAUCAGCAUCGCGUACGCCGAAACUCAUGUAGUGGAAGUGGGCAGCCCAGUGCAUACAUUCAAUCCUGAUACGAUCACUGCCAACGUGGGAGAUACGGUUCAAUUUCGGUUUCAUAAUUCGAUGCAUUCCGUAGUCAGAGCUGCAUAUAGAACUCCUUGUGCGCCAUACGAAUCAGUAGAAGGAGGCGGCAAAGCAGGCUUCAAUUCCGAUCUUCAAACACCCCAGGGAGACGAGAUCUUGACAUGGGAUUUGAAGAUCAAUAACACUGAGACCCUGUUUUUUUAUUGUUCUGCACCUGAAUCAUGCAAUCACUAUAGGAUGGUAGGAGUCAUCAACCCUAACCCCAACGAACAUUUGGACGUACAAAAGGAUCUUGCUGGAAAAACGACCACAGUCCUUCAGCCAGGACAGCCUGUUGCGCCUGAAGGCGCAGCUUCAAAAUCAAAGCACAUUCACGUCACCUUGCCUAUACCAGCAAUCAUUGGCAUAUCAGUUGGAGGAGCUUUAGUCAUCGGUCUCGCAGGUGCACUUCUCUAUCUUGUUGGCCGCUCGCGAUCCCUAGAAGACGAAGCCAAACGUCGCGAAGCAACUGUUGAACGCAAAACCUGGGAAUCGCCGCGCUACGAGCCCUCGAUGAGCCCAACGAUGCACACAUGCAGUGCACCCCCCGUGCUUCCCAGUUACGACAUGCAAGACCCUAAGUACACAGCUAUGGCCUACCAUCAGCCUUACUAUAUGCCUGGAGCUGGCGAUGCUCAACAGUUGCGCAGCUCAACAGCGAGCCCGGGGACGGAAUACGGGUUCGGAAAACCUGCAACUUCCCCUGGGGUGAUGGAUGCAAACAAUAACAACAAUUACACGGCGCACGAGUUGGAUGUGGGGAGUGAGCGGACUGCCAAAUGA